GGACUACAAGUCCCAGAAUGCAGGGCGCUACUAGGCAGAAAUUUAGCAAGGCGCCUGCGCGUAGGGCUGUAGGCAAGCCGGAGGAAGCGGUGCACUUUGGGACUAGUAGUCCCCAGGUGGCAACUCCUGGGGUCGGAGGUGGGUCGAAGGGACAGCUCCUUGCCCAGUCCCUCCUUUUGUCCACGUCCCGCUUCUCUUGGCCAAUGCCAGGUCCUGUAACUGCGGCCAGCCCCCCUCCAAGGCUGUCUCCAUUGGUCCCGAGGCUAUCCCACUGCAGCUCUACCCGGAAGUAGCCGUGGGAAGGCGGUUUCCUAGACUACGACACCGGAAAGCUGGGGGCGGUGCUCCGAGCCGUGGAGGGCGGAGGGUGGUGGCAGCGCUGGCGCUGGGGACCGGCUCGGUGGCUUCGGCAAACAGUUUGGCGCCGGCGGCCGCCAGCCUCACCCCACAGCCGGCCCUCGACACGGCUCGCAGCCUCCUCGGCGCCGCCAGCCCGCGAUGUGGCCCACCGUGCGGGUGUAGCAGCUGCGCGUGCGCGGAACCGCGGGGCCAUGAGCAAAGCCGGCGGCGGCCGGGGCUGUGGGUGCCGGGUCCCCCAGCGAGCGUCUUGGAGCCUGGUGGCAGCGACGGCCGCGCUCUAUCUGAUGUUGGCCACGUCCGUGUGCACGGCAGGGGCCGCGCCCAUGAGUAGGGAAGAGAAGCAGAAGCUUGGAAAUCAAGUCCUGGAAAUGUUUGAUCACGCUUACGGCAACUAUAUGGAACAUGCCUACCCAGCUGAUGAACUCAUGCCUUUAACCUGUCGAGGUCGUGUCAGAGGCCAGGAGCCAAGCCGGGGUGACGUGGAUGAUGCCUUGGGAAAGUUCUCCCUAACACUGAUCGAUUCUUUGGACACUCUUGUGGUAUUAAACAAAACUAAGGAAUUUGAAGAUGCAGUGAGAAAAGUUUUAAGGGAUGUUAAUCUAGAUAAUGAUGUAGUUGUUUCAGUCUUUGAAACAAACAUCAGAGUUCUUGGGGGUCUUUUGGGUGGACACUCGCUGGCAAUCAUGCUGAAGGAAAAAGGGGAAUACAUGCAGUGGUAUAACGACGAGCUUCUCCAAAUGGCAAAGCAGCUGGGUUACAAGCUCCUUCCAGCUUUCAACACUACCAGUGGCCUUCCGUAUCCCAGGAUUAAUUUAAAGUUUGGCAUCAGAAAACCGGAAGCCCGGACGGGAACUGAGACGGACACCUGCACGGCCUGUGCAGGCACCUUGAUCCUUGAGUUUGCUGCAUUGAGUCGGUUCACAGGAGCGACAGUAUUCGAGGAAUAUGCAAGAAAAGCUCUUGAUUUUCUCUGGGAGAAAAGACAGCGAAGUAGCAAUUUAGUAGGCGUGACUAUCAAUAUUCAUACUGGAGACUGGGUGCGCAAAGACAGUGGAGUUGGAGCAGGGAUCGACUCAUAUUAUGAGUAUCUGUUGAAAGCCUAUGUCUUGCUUGGAGAUGACAGUUUUCUGGAAAGAUUUAAUACACAUUACGAUGCCAUAAUGAGGUAUAUUAGCCAGCCCCCUCUCCUACUCGAUGUGCAUAUCCACAAACCAAUGCUCAAUGCCCGGACCUGGAUGGACGCACUGCUUGCCUUCUUUCCAGGUUUGCAGGUUUUAAAGGGUGAUAUUAGACCUGCUAUUGAAACUCAUGAAAUGUUAUACCAGGUGAUUAAAAAACACAACUUCCUACCAGAGGCAUUCACUACAGAUUUCAGGGUUCACUGGGCUCAGCAUCCUCUAAGGCCAGAGUUUGCAGAAAGUACCUACUUCUUGUAUAAGGCUACAGGAGACCCUUACUACCUUGAAGUAGGGAAAACACUUAUUGAAAAUUUGAAUAAAUAUGCUCGAGUGCCUUGCGGAUUUGCUGCCAUGAAGGAUGUUCGCACUGGGAGUCAUGAGGACAGAAUGGAUUCGUUCUUCUUGGCUGAAAUGUUUAAAUAUCUGUACCUGUUAUUUGCUGAUAAAGAAGACAUUAUUUUUGACAUAGAAGACUAUAUCUUUACAACAGAGGCUCAUCUGUUACCUCUUUGGCUUUCUACCACAAACCGAAGCAUCUCGAAGAAGAACACAACCUCAGAAUACACAGAACUGGAUGAUAGUAACUUUGAUUGGACCUGUCCAAACACACAGAUUCUUUUCCCUAAUGAUCCAUUGUAUGCUCAGAGCAUCCGUGAACCCUUGAAAAACGUGGUGGAUAAGAGCUGUCCAAGAGGCAUCAUCAGAGUAGAGGAGAGUUUCAGAAGUGGAGCUAAGCCUCCUCUGAGAGCCAGAGAUUUUAUGGCCACUAACCCUGAACAUUUAGAAAUCCUGAAGAAGAUGGGGGUGAGUUUGAUUCACCUCAAAGAUGGGCGAGUCCAGCUGGUCCAACAUGCAAUCCAAGCUGCGAGUUCAGUCGAUGCUGAGGACGGGUUGCGGUUCAUGCAGGAGAUGAUAGAGCUGUCCAGUCAGCAACAGAAGGAGCAGCAGCUGCCUCCUCGAGCUGUACAGAUUAUCUCCCACCCAUUUUUUGGCAGGGUAGUCUUAACUGCUGGACCAGCUCAGUUUGGGCUGGAUCUGUCUAAACACAAAGAGACAAGAGGAUUUGUUGCAAGCAGUAAACCAUAUAAUGGCUGUUCGGAGCUCACGAACCCUGAGGCAGUGAUGGGAAAAAUUGCCUUGAUACAAAGAGGACAGUGCAUGUUUGCAGAAAAGGCUCGCAACAUCCAGAAUGCUGGCGCCAUCGGUGGCAUUGUGAUUGAUGACAAUGAGGGGAGCAGCAGUGACACAGCCCCCCUGUUCCAGAUGGCUGGCGACGGGAAAGACACAGACGACAUCAAGAUCCCCAUGCUGUUCCUAUUCAGCAAGGAAGGCAGCAUCAUCUUGGACGCCAUCCGCGAGCACGAGCAGGUGGAGGUGCUCCUUUCUGACAAAGCGAGGGACCGAGCAGCCAUAUUAAAAGGUAAAAGGAUUCCAAGCUACAUUAUUAACAGUAAUCCUGAGGUGGAAAAUGAAGACCAGCCGUCUUCUGAAAACGACUCUCAGAAUCAAAGUGCAGAGCAGAUGCUGCCACUUCCUCAGACAGUCGGCUUGGCUGAUCAGGAGAGCCCUGGAAACCCUCUGGAGUCUCCCUCAGAGCCACCAUCGCCAGCAGACAGUGAAGAGGCUGCCGGCUUUGCGCCUUCUGAACAGAUCUCUAGCCCCACAGAGACCCAGGAGACGGCAGGCCUUGAUGGUGAGUGCACAGACUUAGAUAACCAGCUUCAAGAUCAACCCGAAACCGAGGAAGAUCCCAGUCCUAACGUCAGCUGGGGUACGAAGGCCCAGCCUAUGGACUCCAUACUAGCAGACUGGAAUGAAGACAUAGAAGCAUUCGAAAUGAUGGAGAAGGACGAACUAUGACUCUCUGUAAAGUCUCUGGUGGUAGAUAUUUAAAAAGAAGAGGUAAACUGGUUUUCAACACCCUGUACCAAGCAGGCUCUCCUGGGAGGCUCUGAGCAUUGCUCGAGCACGUUCUGACUGGGGUAAGUAGUUACCAUAGGAAUCUGGAGCAUGCUGUGUUAGAGCUGACCUCACUGAAACGGUCCCAUCCAAAGUGGAAACUCACAACCCCUCAAAUGGUGGUACGCAUAACCUGCAGCUCCCUGGCCAGGGAAAGAUGACUGGCCAUUCCUGGGGAAACAAG